AUGAAUGCUCAUACUCUGUUGAACUUCACUGCAACGCAUAAUUUUUGUCACGCAGUUUUUUUGCUAGCGGAAUAUAAGCACAUCGUCUCCGCACGCAUCAUCUCCCUUCGUGGGGGCCAAGAGUUGAGGACGUCCCUAACCGGGCUUACCACGAGCGAUUGCGGUUGCUCGCCCUACAGCCUCGGCUUUGCUAGCUUUGAAAAGAGAUUCCUCGGUGGCGGUCAACGUGACAGCAGGUACUGCUUCCUGGUAGGGGUCCGAGGCUGCGAUCCUGGCGACACCUGUUGUGAGACACUGCUACGAGGCGGUGUGGACAGCCUCUACUUACAAACAAGUGGUGCGUACGACUCACGUGUCACCGCCGUACACUCGCGUGGGCACAAGCAUGUGGAGAUGGGGGUUCGGCAAGUGGAGGUCAACGGCAGCAUCUGGAUGCGCUGGGACGCGGCUCCGCAGCGUACCGACGGCGGUACCCUCCCUGCAGGCAUGGAUGAUAUCGACGCUGCCACCAUCCGCAUCUUUGGCUUGUCUCUGGAUUCCUCCACCUUCUCCGGCACCACCAUUUGCUUAACCACCACCUCCGUUGCUGACAUGGAGCAGGGCUCCCUUGUUGGCGAGCAGCUGCUGUGCGAAGCCCCCGGGGACUGUAGGUUUGCGGUGACACCGGCAGCAGCAGCGGGCGGCGCCAAGGAUGCAGAGAAAGAUGCGGCGCCCCCGUCACCUUCGUUGGGCUCCAAAACCUCCGAUGCGGCAAUGAUAUCUUACAGCCAAGUUUGCGCGGCUAUCAACCUGAUUUCACCCCGCGACCAAUCCGGGGCCCUGACCUACACGUUUGGAAAGCAGGUCAGCUGCGAUGGCGCCGCUGAAUGGAUGGCGAAGAACCUGACGGACGCAGCCCAGCAGGCUGGUGCCCAGAUCUCCACUCCCUUCGCGCUGGAAAGCUGCAGUGCCACCUACGAUCCCAACGUCAAGCCACCCGCGGUGCCGUACGUCAUGGUGUGCGGCUCGUUUGCCAACGUAAAGGAAGCCGCCAAGAUUCAGGGCCUGUUGAGUCCCAUUCUGUUGCAGUGGUCGUACCUUGUUCUCGGCCGUAAGCUGCCCGAGGGGGCAGGCUCGCUGCCGUACAUGUGCCCACCACUAGGGUACACCAUCCAAACUAUGGUGUGGGGCACAGAGGACGAGUCACCGGUUGCUUUCUCGCAGGUGUGCUCAUGGGACCUUGCGGGCAGUAGCCCCAGCGGUUUUGCGUUUUGA